AUGUUGAAGACAAUCCCCUCACGCUGUCUUACAUUUGCUUAUCGCGCAUCGUGUCGAUGGAAAUCUACUGAAACGGCGCCCACUGGUGUAUUACCAGGUGACAAUUCUGAAUUACGUGGUGAUGGAGCCAUUCGUCGAAGUGAACUAUACGGUUCAACCGUUGAACAGACUUAUGCGGGCGUUCUAUCAUUUCUUCGCCGGAAUUACACUCGAAAUUUGAAAGGUGUUGAUGUAGCUGUAACAGGUAUUCCACUUGACUUAGCAACGACCUAUCGACCUGGCACUCGAUUCGGUCCGAAAGGUAUUCGUGAAGCGUCUGUUCAAUUCGCUGAAUUGAAAAGUUAUCCGGAUGGUCUGGAAAUCUUCGAAGAUUUAGCUGUUGUCGACUAUGGUGAUUGUUGGUUUGACCUAGGUCAACCGAAAAGCAUUCCAUUGGCCAUUGAAAAUCAUGCUAAAAAGAUCAUUGAUCGAAAUGUUUUUCUCCUGUCAUUAGGUGGUGAUCAUUAUAUUACAUAUCCAUUGCUAAAAGCUCAUGUCGCUCGACACGGCAAGCCUCUGUCUCUUGUUCAAUUCGAUGCCCAUUGUGACACAUGGCCAGAUAAACAUCCCGACAGUUUGAAUCAUGGCUCUAUGUUUUAUUAUGCUGUCAAAGAAGGACUGAUCGAUCCUAAAACGUCCAUCCAAAUUGGUAUUCGAACAUAUAAUGAUGAUUUCAUGGGAGUAAAAAUUCUCGAUGCAAAUUGGGUUCAUCGACAUACGAUUGAGGAAGUAGUUGCAGAAAUUCAAAAUCGAGUUGGCAAUAAUCCAACGUACUUAACUUUUGAUAUUGAUUGCCUUGAUCCAGCAUUUGCUCCUGGUACAGGUACGCCUGUCUGUGGAGGACUAACAACAGCACAAGCGCUUGGAAUUGUUCGCCAAUUAAGAUCGAUUAAUUAUGUCGGCAUGGAUAUUGUCGAAGUUUCUCCACCUUACGAUCAUGCGAAUGUCACGGGUUUAGCAGCGGCUACUUUAGGAUAUGAGUUUUUGGUUUUACUGAGAAACAAGAAGGUUAUUGAUAAAUCAUUUACAUUUGGAGCUCGAUAA